GAACUAUUUACAUGUAAAUGACUGCCAGAAGCAAAAAGGUAAUUAUAGGUUGGGUCAAUGAUUUGAGCAUCAUUCCCUUACAAUUCAAGAUCAAUGAAUGACAAAUGGCGAGAAAUUCUCAAGCUUUGGAUCUGGAAUUCCACAUUCGGAAUAACUAUCCCUGGUCGAAAUUACCACCGAGCGUAAAACAGUCAUUGGGAAACAAUCAACGAGAAUGGGAGAGAAACGUGUUGGAAUUCAGCGUUAAGAAUCAACUUCGAUACAAAGGCAAUUUAGUACGUCAUAUUCGAAAGGAUGACAAAAAGUACUAUGAAGAUUUAUUGUCAUAUAGCAGAGAACACUUAAUGCUAUACCCAUAUCAUCUCGCAGAUGUUAUUGUAAAAGGUUUAAGACUUACACCGUUUGGCUACUAUAUUGAGAUGAUGAAAGAUGUCAUGUCGAAAGAAAAAAGUUAUGAUUCACUGCCAAAUUUUACUGCAGCUGACUGUCUUCGCCUUUUAGCUAUUGGCCGCAAUCAAUAUAUUGAGUUGAUGAACCAAUGUCGAUCUUCUCGAAAAUUUUUUCGCAAGCGACCAGUGGGAGAUCUUUUGCCAGUAAAACCAGUGACUUUGAAAUUUCUCGAUCCAUGGUGGACUGUACAUGUUGGUUUUGUUACUGAAGAUGAUGUGAAGGCAUGCUCACAAGAGGAGCACCUUGCUAUUGAUGAAUUGAUUGAUCGUGAUGGGAAACCCUGUUACGCUGGCGAAAUGAAUCGUAGUAUUGUUUUAAGUCUUUAUACAAAAGGACUUGUUUACCUUGAUGUUCCCAUCAAUGACAAUGACUGCAUCGUAGUUCCACCUUUGGAGAACUUUGUGAUGAAUCGUGUGCUUGGCGACUACUUUGAAACCCUGCUGUAUAAAAUUUUUGUCACCAUUGAUGAACAUACCAAUGUUUCAGAGCUGUCAAAUGUUCUUCAAAUCGACCUGCAACUUGUCAAAAAUGCCGUUUCUGUUUACUGCCGUCUUGGCUUUGCAUUCAGAAAAGACAGCGAUGCCAGUGAUAUAAACCUCCAUCCAUCAUGGGAGAAUACUACGAUGAUGAAAGCACGAAGAUCAAGCAGUCGGGAGAACAUCUUAGUGGAUAGUGAUUUUACUACUGUUUCAUCACCAGAGGCAUCGUCAGGUUUAGCAGAUGGAAUGUCUGAAGACAGUUUACCACUAAAUUCCUCUUCAUCAAACUCAGAUCUGGCUAAUGCACAUGGAAAAAGAAUCGCUUUCCUUUUCGACUCUGCAUUAACAGCAUUCUUAAUGAUGGGAAAUCUUUCUCCAGGUUUGAAGAACCAUGCUGUUACGAUGUUCGAAGUUGGUAAACUAAGUGACGAGUCAUUGGACAGUUUGUUAUCGGAAUUAGAGAAGGUGCGAGAUAAGGUUGGCCGUGAGGCUGAAGAUGAAGCGGAAGGUGAAGCCGAGAGAUACUUUCAUCACGCCAUUACGUUGCUGAAUACGUUGGUCUUCUUGCGCUACAACAAGGAGUUACUUAAUAACAAUGAUAAUCCUUUGGGUCUUGAUAUGCUUCGAUGUGAAAGCUUAAAUAGUCUUGAUGCAGCUGCAUGUGGUCGAGUCUUGCAAAAAAAUUACAGUGUACUUUUGUCAAUGGCACCUUUGAGCAGUGAAAUACGGCCAAUCGCAAGCUGUAAUCCACCUCAUAUUGGUCCUGCUAUACCAGAGGUCAAUUCAGUUUGGUUUAAGUUGUACUUGUAUGAAACCACUGGAUCAGGUCCUCCAUCCAUGCUCAUCGUGAAAGGAUCGCGACUUAGAAUAUUACCAAAGAUUUUCGAGGGUUAUGAUCGUUUGCUUAUAGCCACUUGGGGUCAUGAUCCAACAACAGUGCCUGUAUCCAACGUUCUUAUCGCUCUUAACGACGCUUUAUCACAUUCAGCUGUUCUUAUCCAGGGCUACGGUAUACAUCGAGAAGGAAAGAUUCGCCGCAUAUCAUUUCCAUUGAAGUCAAGCAAAGAUAAUGAUGAUUACGAUAAAAAUGAUACGCAAGAUCUGAUUUCUCAUCCCGCAAUACAAACUCUAUCACGCACCAUAGACAUGCAACACACGUGCGGUUAUAUCACCUUACUCAAUCCUAAUCUUACAUCACGUAGCGGUGCAGACGUCGAAGAUAAUGCCGGCAUGUUUCAAUUUACUGUUGACGCAUCCCGUGAAGAAAUGAUAGGUUCCGAUUUUGACCGAGUGACGGAAACCGACGAUGACACCACGAAUUAUGAUCGUGUGAAAAAUUUCGAGGACUGGUGUCUACUAGAUAUGCAUUUUGGAUUACCAUUAUUUGAUGCAAAAUUGAACCAAGAAAUAUGUGCAAAGAUAACGAAAGAAAAAUUGUUUCACGAAGACAAUUUAGAAAACCUUGUGAACUCCAGUCGACGUUUAUCUUUGCGUUUGUUGGAUUUUAUCUCCAAUUAUCAGGAUAUUCCAUUGGUACAAGACACAUUUGAUACGUCGUCAAACAACGAAAACUCCUGUCCAUAUCCAACUAGUACUUUAGUAUUUAACCAAGGGAAGUUAAAGAGAACUGACCCCAGUUGAUGUACUGUGGUUUGAAUUGAAUUGAAAUUUAGUCUGAUAGAUAUUUUCUAUUUUUGUCUUGAAUCUAUUAGGUUUGAUGGAACUUAUGUAUUUAUCAAAUAGAUGAGUAUGACAUUUCAAAUGAAGCUUGCAAAAAUAGCCCUUUAAUAGUAGAGUGCAGGAAACCUUACGUUUUCAUACACCUCGCGUCAUGAUUUAGAAAUGUAAACCUCCCCCCUGAAAUUUAGAAAUUUUAUCAUAUAAUUAUAAACAAUUAACGAAGAGCAUUUUGAUUAUCAGCAAGAUUUAUAUUGAAGCAUUGUAGAAGCUAUUUAAGGCCCUUUUCAAACGUCGAAUUUUCAAUGUGCUGAAUGCAUUAGAAGCAAAAGUUACCGAAGAAUUAUAUCUCAUUUUGUUUUGUCUUGAAUGCAUUCAACACAUGUGAAAUUUAACGUUUGAAACGCGUCUGAAAAGUAUCGAAAUACAAAAGAAAUAAAGUCGUUCGUGUUUAAUA